UAGAGAAUAUGGUUUACGCGCAGGGGCGGGAAGCCCGCAAUGCGGUUACUUACGGGCGACUCACAGAAGGCUCCAGAAGUGCUGGAUUGGAGGCGGCGCGCUCAAUUUAAUGACCUUUCGGUCAUCUAGCACGUAUAAAAGGAUCCCUCCACUACCCUCUAUUUCUUCCACACCACGAGAACUCUCCAGCCAGACCACACCACCACCACUUCUCAGCAGACUAAGAAGCUCCCCAAACCCAAUCUCUACCUACAACAAGAACAUCGUUUCCAGCUCAAGCAUACUACAGCCACUCAGCCAAUCAAAAGUUGCAACGCUUUCAUAUACUCAGUUCAUCGCCUUUCUAUAAACGCCACGGAACCCGCUCUUAUCCACAAGGACAUGGCCCGCCGUCAGAACAUGCACUACCAUCAGCAUCUCCAUCAGUACUAAAACCUGCGUCAAAACAAUUACUUCGGAGACCUAGAUGAGGAGCGACACAGCCGAAAAGUCCCGCAAGCUCUGGACGUUGGCCGUCACCAAGGUGUACAGUUCGGCCGCUACCAAGGUGUCCAGUUCGGCCGUCACCACGGUGUUCAGUUUGGUCGUCAACAAGGGCUUCCAUAUGGCCGUCAACAAGGGCUUCAAUAUGGCCGUCAACAAGGCGUCGAAUACGGGCGGCGUCAGGGAAUGGGACACGCCCAGAAUUUCUUUGAACACGGGCAGCGUGAACGCUUUGCUCAAGCCCACUCAGUGGGCUAUGAAGACGGACAUCACGCCGGCCACCUCGAAGGCCGUGAUCUCUGGGGCCCGAACGGUCCGAAACAACCAGGACUUCCCACGACUGAAGACAAACUUAAGAAGGCGCGCUGGGCCGGCUACAAGCAGGGCCGGGAGGAUUGGGGAUCGGAUGUCGCUGCGAUUCAGCGGCAGCGAGAACAGCAGCGGGGGCAGCAGUCUGGACAACUUCGACCAACCCACUAGCGCCGCCAAUCUACUCACGGGAAUGGUUACGUUGACCACGGAUACACUUCGCAGGGAUACGAAGAACCAGAUGACGACGAGCCGCUCUCAGCCUCUAUGGGACGGAUGCGUCUGGAUGGACCUGAACACGGUUAGCGUCCUCUGCGAGGCCGUGGAGCUUCUAUGGGGGCUGGCUAUGAUCAGCAGGUUGCCCGUCGUCCGCCGAUGCCUAUGACUGAGCGUCCACGUUCGCAGCAUGACUACGGAGGAGGACACAGUGGCCAGGAGUCCGGACGCGGACAACGCCAGGUUGGUGGACCUCGAUUUGGACAACGUGGUAUGCUGGAAUCCAAUUGGGAUCAUCAGCAGUGGUAGGGUCUCAAGGAGUCGAGACGAAAAUGUGAAUAGGGCGUUACCUUCCUGGCCUAUCACAGAUGUUCUAGAUCAGAUCUAGUUGCUUCUUUUAGUCUAUUAUAGGCUAGCAAUAACACAGGUCAGAUCCAGGGCUAUGCCCCGACUAAUUGGUGGCUUCAAGUAGCUAAUACAGUGUCGGUCUGCUUGAGUGCUUCCACUAGGGUAAAUUGUUUUCUAUAUUCAUUUUCCCCCGAAAAAAUAACCUCUCAACGCCACAUCUCAGGCUCUUCAUUGUCACCUCGCCAUAGUAAAACGCUAGCCCUUGUGCUUUUUCAAAUCUAAAACCUAUCGCGUUUC